GCCCGAGCCAACCAAGACCAGAGCAGACCAGACCCACUGAUCCAACCAGAUCUCAUCGUCGCCGUCGAGGUGGGUGGUGCGAUGGACCCGAGCCGCUCGCUGCAGGGGCGCGGCGCCCUCCUUUCCUCCUCCGUCCACGCCGCCGCGGGGGUCCUCGUUGUCGUCGUCGUUCUCCUCCUCCUCACGCUGCUCCGCCUCCCCCUCUCCAUCUCCCGGCACGCCGCCUCCACCGUCGCCGAUCAGGAGCUGUCUCAGCCGAGCUGCGACCCCACCUCCCCGCUCGACUGCGCCGACCCGCAGCUCUUCCACCUCAUGAUGCGCAGCGCCAUCGACGCCUUCCCCGCCGUCCACUUCUCCCGCUUCGGCCGCCCCGUCCCCGGCGACCCCCCCUCCGCCUCCUGCGACAUGGCCUGGCGCGCCCGCUCCGACUCCGACUCCCCCUCCAAGGCCACCUCCAAGGACUACCGCCGCUUCGCCAUCGCCCGCGACCCCCACACCUGCGCCUACUCCGUCCUCUACAUCGGCGACUACCACUCCGGCCCCAACGCCCGCAAGCCCCGCCGCGCUGCCACCAUCGCCCCUCCGCCCCCGCCUUCCCUCUCCCACUCCCAGUUCGCCCAAGGCGCCUACCUCGCCUACCUCGGCGGCGGCGACCGAUGCAAGCCCAUGCCGCACUACCUGCGCAGCCUCCUCUGCGCCCUCGCCGAGGCCCGCUACCUCAACCGCACCCUCGUCCUCGAUCUCACCCUCUGCCUCGCCGCCUCCUACGACGACGCGGGGACAGGGCCGAUGCCCGAGGAGGGCAAGCGCCUCGCCUUCUACGUCGACGUCGAGCACCUCCACUCCCAGGGCCCCAUUAUCGAGGAGAGCCAGUUCUGGGCGGACUGGGAUAAGUGGGGGGUGCAGGGCCAGCUCGGGGCACGCCUCAUCGAGGACACUAGGCUCGCACCUAUGAAGUUCUCCAAGGCCAGGGAUACCCUCCUCGUCAGGAAAUUUGGGGAUGUGGAGCCAGGGAACUACUGGUACAAUGUCUGCGAGGGUGAAGCCAAGCGUGUGUUCCGCCCGCUGAGACGGGCGAUACGCUGGGCACCCAACUUGAUGCGCAUUGUCGAUGAUAUUGUCUCAAGGAUGCAAGCAGACUUUGAUUCGGUCCAUAUCGGUGCCAAUGGUGAGCACCUCAGUCGGAGGAUUGAAGAAGGUGUUGAUGGAGGGCGGCAGGUGUAUGUCGCAGGGGCUGGGGUCAACACCACGCUGCUGGAGGCGCUUAAGGUGAAGUUUGGCGUGCAUUACCUUGAUGAGUAUGAGGACCUGUGGGGGACAGACAGCAAGUGGUUCUUGGAGAUGAAGAGGCUCAAUGGUGGGGUUCCUGUACAGUUUGAUGGGUACAUGCGUGAGGUCGUCGAUAGGGAGGUCUUCCUCAAGGGAAAGAAGAAGGUGGAGGUGCUCCGGUGAUUUCUUUCUUUCUCCCAGAUAAGUUGUUCAACAACAAGGCAUGCUUUUGUUUGGCGAGUCUUGUAAACAUCAUCAUGUCUGAAUUAUGUUGUCAGACUCGUCUGUUGAUGAUUUAGCAAGCCACUAGCAGUUACAAGUAAAUUUUGGUAACCAUCAAUGUAUAUACAGCUCAGUACUCCGAUAGUAUCAGGUCCAUUCAAUUGAUUAGUUCCUUGUUCUGUAAGAAGGGUAUGUACUACUUUUCAUUGUCAUGUUGUUUGCUAUUACUAGUUCUUUUCAUAAUCUCAAUCUUAUGCGUUUUUCCAGUA